GUGAUCACUUUAGUAGUGGGACUAUACGGCCGCGCACUAAUUAUCACCUUUUAAUUGUGAGGUGACAAUGUGCGGGAUAAUAUGUAGCAGUGUGGUGAUCGCAGUCGGCGCCAUCUUGGUCGUCGGCAGUUGUGUUCUCAGUUUCGUUUUCGUACCUGAAAUCAUCAAAAAUGUGAUCAAAGGCGAGGUCGUGUUAAUAAAUGACACAAUUCAGAUGGAGAGAUUUGAGACGGUCCCGUUCGCUCUCCGGUUCAGUGUGAGACUGUUCAAUCUAACAAACCCCGAUGCGGUGAUGACGGGCGGAGUUCCAGUACUGGAGGAAGUUGGUCCCUAUGUCUACCAGCUGUACCAGACCAGAGAGCUAAAGGACAUGGCAGAUGACAAGGUUUGGUAUCUUCGGCACGAACACUUCGAAUUCGACCCUAUAGCCUCCUUCCCCAACAAAGAAAGCGAUAUGGUGACCAUUGUCAAUGUGCCUUACAACGCCAUUAUUCAAGUCGCUGAGAACAUGGUCCCCAACUUAAUGUUCCUGUUUAACCAGAUGUUGGACGGUGUCUUCGGAGAUUACAAUUCUCCGAUAGCCACGUUUAAUGUGCGGGACCUGUUAUUCGAUGGGAUCCCUCUGUGUAAGGACGCUGGAGCAACCGCCAUGAUAGCGUGCAGCAUCAUCAAACAAAUUGGAGAAAGCUCCAUGAAUAUUGAGGAACUGGAAGACGGCUCGCUUACCUUCGCAAUCCUGGAAUACAAAGAUCGUUACCCCAGUCUGCUUUACGAAGUUAACAGAGGCUUGUCUGAGCCAACACUCCUGGGUGACAUUAUCCGGUACAACGAGUCCAGUUACUUCAACUACUGGACUCCAUACAGCGACACGGAACCAGGAGUCUGCAACAUGAUCAAUGGAACCGAUUCGGGAAUAUUCAGACCGUUUGUGGACAGAACAAAAAGUAUAUAUGCAAUCAACACGGACAUUUGUCGAUCAGUGGAGCUCCGUUACCAAUACGAUACGGAGUACGAGGGCAUCCCCACAGUGAGGUACUCCGCCAACGAGUGGCUCUUCGACAACGAUGAGGGCUGCUUCUGCUUGAACGUUACAAAGGGACACACCAGAGAAGAUGGCUGCUUGCUGAAAGGAGCUAUGGAACUGUUUACGUGUGUCGGUAAGUACCUACCUCUUUUCUUUUAGAAGACGUAACUUUCG